AAUAAACAUUAAAAUAAUUAGAUAAUAAAAACUAAAAAAUAAUAAAAUUCCACAGCAUUUAUCAAUAAUAUUGUUUUGUAAUAAUAAGUAUUUUAAAUAGGAGUGUCCAACGAUUCAUAUGUUUGGAGAGUUGCUGGAAAUGGGCAUUCAUUAUUUAUGACAUAUGAUGAAACUAAAACACAAAUAACAGGUGGAAAGUUAUUUCCACUGUUUAAAGUUAUUCAAGAGAAACUAAAAUUUAGUUACAUUAUAGUGCACCCGAUAGAAAAUACAACUGGAUAUAAAGAUGAAAGUGGUAAGUGGAACGGAAUUACAGGACAAGUUGCAAACCAGGAAGCAGAUGUGGCCUUUGUACCUCUAGGUGUCAACCUCGAACGCUUCUCUGCAAUGGAGUUUACGUCAGUUUUUACUUAUUACCGUGUAGUUUUUCUUAUUAAAGCUCCAGAUAAAGUUUUUGACUGGAAUUCUGUAACGAAGCCUUUCACCUUAAAUGUUUGGAUCGCUAUAUUUUCUAUUGUAUUGAUAUUUGGACUAACGCUAUAUAAAGUGCUAGAGAAGGACUUUGUCGCGGCUAAAACAGGAAAACGAUGGACUCUAUGUACAGUUUUUUGGAAUUUACUUUGUACAUUUCUGAGUCAAGGAUUGAAUCUAGAAAAAGUGAAAAGAUUUGCGUCCAGAUUAAUGAUAGGAAUUUGGUGGUUAUCGAUUCUUGUUUUGGUAUCCAGUUACAGCGGGGCGUUAAUGUCUUUUAUGACGUGUCCUUUAACUGAGUCUUUUCCAAAAGAUUUUCAAGAACUUGCUGUUUUCGUCCGCAACGGAAUCGAAAUCGAAAAAUAUUAA